AUGACAGCAGUUUUGGAUCCAUUCAAGCCGUUCUCUGCAGAGCUACACGUCAUCAGACGGCUGAACUCCAGUCUGUACGGAGCUGCUGGUGGACUGGAACCUGGACGUGCAAACUCUCCUUUUGCUAGAUGUCACGGCCCUUCUGAAUACGUCGUUCUCGCUCCGUCACGGGACGAUGUCCCCCUGCUGGAUCCUUGCUGUGGUCAGCUGAGCGCUGGAGCGGAGGUGGCACUAGGGGUCAAAGGUCGUCGGAAAUUUAUAGAUUUCCAGCAUGUGGCCUCUGCUCUGCGGGUGCCUCCGGGUUUCAGAGAGAGGCCACAAACAGCUCCCAACCCCACUGGUAUCUGCGUUGACCUGAGCGAAGACAAGGCCUGGAACUCCAGGAGGGUCCCUGAUGCAGGCUUGAGAGCAAGGCUCGGUGGUUCAACCAGUCCUGUUAGAGUUCAACCAAACUCCCUGAGGACCUCAACAAAAGCAACAUCGCACAACAGAUUCACUGCUAAACACACUGGACAUCAGGACGGCUUCUCUGCUGAUCUGAGACUGUGGACAGACAACUCACUGGCAGUUCGGCGCUUCAGAUACACUUCAGCAACACAAAGGAGUUAUGAGGAAGUUGGCUGGGAUACGAAGUUGCCCCGGCGCUUGAAGGCACCAGAAACAACCUUGGAAGAAAUGGCGGACCCAGUGAGUGAGCGUCCCUCAUCGAGGCGCUACAGUACGCAACCUCAGAUGUGGCAGUCUGUUGGAGCUGAGUGGAACAGGCAGCAGCUCCGAUCGAGGAAUGAUGCCAAGAAACCCAUAUCAUUCUGCAGUGGAUGUCCAAGGUCAGGUCAAAUCCCUCUGUACACCGGUACGAUCGGCUCUGAGAACAUGCAUAACAUCGACAACAUUGAUGAAGACUUUCGCCCACUGACCCUGAAGAGGAGCACCGUGCCCUCCUACGAGCCCACGGCGCGCCGAACCACCAUCCCUGGAUAUACAGGCAGGGCUGUUUACGCUACCUCUGCUGCUGAUGCUGCAGUCUCUGUCCCAGCUGUCCCCAGUCCUGCACGCUCCUCUGGGGCAAUCAGAGAAUCGGGGAGUCCCACUUUUGGCCAUGCGGCGCCUCUGUCACGAAUGGUGACCACCACGGCCCCCUGCAACCCCUUCCUGAGACCUGCGCUUCCUGUCACACACAAACACGCAAGGAGGCAUUAGACAAAGCAGAUGAGAAAGUUUUGAAGGUGUCAGCUUCCUUUUUAUGCCAUCCAAUCUGUUUAUAUGAAUACGUCUAUAAUGAUGUGAUGUCAGUGACUGAUUCAGACUGAGUUGGAGAAUAAUGAGAUGCCCUAUUAUCAUAAUUUCCCUGAUUUAGAUGAGUGGUUUUCUAACUCUGGGUAGUGAGCUCUCGCAUUGUCCUCUUCAACAUUCGC